AUGCAUCGUGCCCGGUGGAUCGUCCUUUGUUGGGCCCAACCGAACGUACGGGGGACUCCCUCACCGUCCCGUUGGGGGGUCCGACGCUUCCCCCAAGCCGCAACCCUUCGCCAUGGUACCAAAACGACGGAUGCCGGACGAGAAUUCCCGGUACGGCACGGGGAACGUCGUGGUACCGACGAUACAAUCACGGACAGUGACAACGCUACCAGCAGUCUCUUGCCGUUCGCUAACGACGAAUGCGACGCCGUUCCAAACGUCGCCAACAAUCCCGCAGGGCCGGACGGUACUCCUCCAUCGGUCACCGCCGCGGUCACCACGGAUGCUUCCGACGAGACCUUCCGGUGCCGUCCUACUAGAACACCCGUUAUUGUCACCACAAACAAUAUCACGCAGCCUUUGCCCACCGCAUCUACCGUUGGUCCGGCACCGGUCCAUCACGGACACGGGGACCCGGCCCUGCAUCAGGUCGAACACCGCGCCUUGGAAAAGACGAGCGUUGCUCUGGCCGAAAAGUUUCUGGAAAAGACGGUCGAACGCAUUGCACCGGGACAAAAGUUGGCCGAAACCAUCGUCCACUCGGCGGCCGGGAGUUUGCUACAACGACGUGCUGGCGAACGAGUGGCGGAGCGCACGGGUGAACGGUUAGCGGAACGAGCAGGUGAACGGUUAACGGAGCGCACGGGUGAGCGGUUAGCGGAACGCACGGUUGAGAGGCUAGCGGAACGCACCGGUGAGCGGUUAGCGGAACGCACGGGUGAGAGGCUAGCGGAACGAGCAGGUGAACGGAUAGCGGAACGCACCAGUGAACGAUUAGCGGAACGCACGGGUGAGAGAAUCGCAGCACGCGCUAGCGAACGUUUGGUAGAAAAGACUGGAGCACGCGCGGCAUCGCGUCUGCGAAAGGGGAUUGGUGAGCGCCUUUCGGAAUACGCCGCCAAAAUUCCGACCCGUUGGAAUCGCAUCUGGGAAUCUGCCCUGGGCAGGGGAGUGGAACGUACAACCGAGCGAGGAUUGGAGCGAUCCGCCGAACGAUUCGGAGAACGGGGACUGGAACGUGCGGUCCAGCGCAGCGGGGAACGGGCUGCCGAGCGGACGCUGGAGCGAGCUGGUGAACGCGCCGCGGAACACACGCUGACCACAGUAGGCCGAGGAGCAACUUCGGCAGUGGAGCGCAUCGCGGGAGUCUCUUCGGAGCGGGUUGCCGUGCGGGCCGGGAGAGGCUUACUCAUCACUCUCCCUGCAUUGGGCGGAUUCUUUGCAUUGUUGCUUCUCAAAUCAGACAUUCAACGAAUGCGUGAAGAAUGGACGAAUAAAUCCAAAUCGUCCACCUUAUGUUUUGUUGGCGCAGGGCUUGCUGACCUUUUCGACUCGUUCUUGCACUUCUACAUCGCCUAUGCUCUUUUUGCACAUAUUGGGCAUCAAGCCUUGGUUGUUCCCGAACAGCUCAGUAUGGGCUGCGCUAUAACCUCUACCAUUUGCGCCGUUGCAGGUGAGGUAAUAAGUCUACAUCUGCAGCGACAAAAGAAAAAGAGAGCUUUGACCAAAUCAUGA